AUGAACUACAAAUGCGUUGCCAAUGCGUUGGGGAAAGAUGGACGGAUCAAAAUCCAGGAAGGGCACGCGCUGUGGAGCUCCCUGCUGUGUGCCCACCUCAUGGACGCCAUCGGAGACGGGCCCCGGGGCCUGAGCUCGGUGAGAGUAGUGGCUCUGGCAGCAGGUCUGUCUGUGGGGGCCACCGUGGGGUACCUGCUGUAUCGCCGAAUCAGCAGCAGCAAUGAAGCAGCAGCAGACGUCCAAGUGUCAAAGCUGGUUCUGCCGGUCCAGUCGUACAGAAACAUCUCAAAAUACCAGGCCACUUUUUUAGACGUGGUCACUCAGAAGUCUGGGGCCCACGUCAGAGUUCUGUCGGACGCCUCUUCCUCGGACUCCAAGAGCGAGGUGUGUUUCCUGCUGCAGGGGUCUGAAGAGCAGGUGCUGUUGGCCCGCUGUGUGCUGGAGAGCCUGGUCACAGACUGCGAGCCCGUCUCUGAGACCAUGGAAGUCCCACUGACGGCCUUUGGGAGGAUUAUUGGGCGUGGGGGAGAGAGCAUAAAGCAGAUCACCAGAGCCACAGGAGCUAAAGUGGUCUGCUCCAAAGAAAAGGCUCAGGGUCCAGGAGCUAAAGGCGGCGUCGUCAUCACCGGGAACAGGCAGGAGGUGCAGCAGGCCAAGACUCUUGUGAUGGAGAAAGUGCGGGAAGAUUAUGUGGUGAGGACAAAGAUCUGUCAGUCGUCAGCCCAGCGUCACAAACGGCGCCCCCUGCUGGACAAGAGCGAGGAGACGGAGGCUUCACUGAGACUCAAUAACAACAGUGUGGAGAGCGGACCAGAGAGAAGACCCACGGAGCGGAACGAGAAGGAGGACGACCAGAACAGCACCUGCUCCGACUCUCUGUCCUCGGAGUCACUCACACCAAUCUCCAAGUUUGAAAUCCCCAGUCCAGACCUGAGCUUCCAGCCAGACGAGCACCUGGAGGUUUACGUGUCAGCCUCUGAAAACCCAAACCACUUCUGGAUCCAGAUCCUGGGAGUGCGCUCUCUACAACUGGAUAAACUUGUUGAGGAGAUGAACCGCUACUACAGCAAUGGGAAUCCAUCGGAGCAGCAGGUGGAGAGUGUCGUGGUCGGGGACAUAGUGGCGGCUCCUUAUCGGGACCACGGCACCUGGAACAGAGCCAGGGUUCUCGGGGUUCUACCGUCUGGACUUGUGGAUCUGUACUAUGUGGACUUUGGAGACAAUGGAGAGCUGCCACAAGACAGCCUGCGUCACAUGAGGAGUGACUUCCUCAGCUUACCUUUCCAAGCCAUCGAGUGUAACUUGGCCUGUGUGAACCCAAAAGGCGACUCCUGGUCCGAAGAGGCCCUGGAUGACUUCGAUCGGCUGACACACUGUGCUCUGUGGCGCCCCCUGCAGGCCAAAGUGUGCAGCUACUCCCACUCUGAGGUCUCAUCAUGGCCCAGUGUCAAGCUUUACGACUGCUCCGAGGGAAAGACUGUAGAUAUUGGGGAAGAGCUUGUUCGUUUGGGUCAUGGAACUAGUUUUAAUGAAAUGAACGGGAAGAUUCAGGGCGACAAUUUGGACUGUCUGCAAAAAAUGCUGAACGAUGUGGUCGGGGCGUCAUCGGAGCUGAGUCUCUCCUGCAUCAGUUUAUCAGAAGUUCCAUCAAUUUCAGGAAGUGUUGAAGAUGUGAACGAGCUUCUUUAG